AUGGAGGAUCAAACACAGGCGAGUUUCACGAAUGAGACAGUUAACUUCUCUGAGAAGAAAGGUUUUAUACCGACAAGUUUCACGUUUGAGAUAGAUAACUUUUCUGAGAAGGAAGAUUUCAUAGAAUCUCCAAAAUUCUCAAGCGGCGGAUGCGAAUGGUUUAUUAUGGUUGAUCCCAAAAGAAAUGACAGUGGAGAUAUGUCUCUCGUCCUCUGCCUGUGCGUUGCAGAUUCUGAAUCAUUGCGUUUUGGAUGGAAAAGAAGAGCUAUUUAUUCCUUCAUUCUGAUGAAUCAAUCAGGCAAAGAGCUGUAUAGAACACCUGAAUCGUCGUGCGAAUUGUUCUGCGCUCAUCUCUUAGGACGUGGUAAAACAAAGUCCUUCUCACUUAGAAAGCUUACAAAAAAAGGGAUUGUGGAGAAGAACAAACUCAUUGUCAAAGUGGAAGUACAAGUAGUUGAAGUUGUUGAUGAUGGAGAUGUCACUGGGAAUGAGAUUGUAGAUUUGAAGGGUUUCCAAAUUCGUUAUUCUCAGGUUUUAUCAGCGGCUACGCUUUUCAUAGAACACAAAGACGUUGCAAAAAAAUUCAGACCAAACAGCCAAGUGUUGAAGACAACAUACAUGAACCUCCUUCUCUGUCUCAUCGAGACACUGAACAACAAGCCUCCACAAAGCUUCUCUGAGACUGAGCUAAGCAACGCUCGCAGCAAGUUGGCCGAUCUGACAGACGCAGGAUUCGAACUUGAUUGGUUGAAGACAAAACUUGAUGAAGUUACCUUGGAGUGGAAGAAAUCAGACUUUGGUACUCAAGUCCAAGAACUUCAGCAACACGUCAAGAAUAUCGAAGCUGAAUUUACUGCUGAGGUUUCGUCGUUGAAGCAGGCAAUGUUGAAUCUCAUGUCUGAGAUGAACAAGAGGCGAUAUUAA